AUGGAGGAAUACUGGAACUGCAGAAACUAUACAGUAGAGAGUAAGCUUGGUGAAUAUCCAGGAGUUUUCCUCAUUCUGACAAUCCUCUUGAUCAUCAGUAGUUUCCUCUUCUGGGUUCUUCGCUGCUUCUUCAACAGUAUUGAAGAUCACAGGAUGAACAUCAACAUCUUUCUCAACAAGCGGAUAACAGAGUUACUGAUAUGUCACAUCUACAUAUGGAGCCUAAUGAUAAUGUGGAGCAGUAUCCUGGGACCCUUACCUCUAAUAGUCUGCAAAACCAUCAGAUAUUCUGCAAUUGUGUGUUCUAGCCUCACUGGUGAUCUCUUCCUGUGCGUUUCAACAUUCAGACUCAUCUUGAUUUACAAGAAUGAUUGGAUCAUGGAGUUUGAUCAGGAGAAAAUGGCAAGGAACUGCUACUACUGUUCCCUUCCAUUGGCAAUUCUAACUUAUCUUGGAUUUCUGGUGGUAGACAUCAAACGCGGGACUGUUCAUGCAUCUGAAUCAUUUGCAAGUAGAUGUCCCCCUACAGAAGAACAGGACUAUGUCACACUAGGAAAUAUCAUCAUGGGCAUCACAUACCUUACUGUCUUUAUAAGUUCUAACAUCAUCCUGACAUUUAUGUUCCGAAAUGCAGAUGAGAACUUAUUUCAGAAUUUCCGUGUUAAAACCGUGACAAUUGGGAUUACCUUUGUUGCAGGUUUUGUUGGUAUUGUAGGAAUGUUUCAGUUCCUACCAAUUUAUGAUUUUGAUGUGAAAUCAACCUUUUUUAUAAUUAUUGUGGACCUUGCUGCCUUAGCAUUGUACAUAAUCAAAGAAAAUGAGUUCACAUACAUUUUCAUUCUAAACCUUUCUCUAUGGAAUAGAUGCAGAAAUCCAAAUGGUGUUGGUCCCUUGCCUCUGCCAGCAUACCCCUUGCAGGAGCUGAAUCCUAGAGCACUAGGACACAAUGUUUCUGGUCAGAACUGCAGGAUCAUUGAUCUGGAAGAUGAUGGAGGAAUCUUUGUGGGGUAAACUGUACAGGAGCUAAAUCCUAGAUCCCCACAGAGCUGAGCCAGACUUCCUGCCAGGACUGCCAGAUCAUUGAUCUAGAGGACAAAGGAGGAAUCUUUAUGGGCUAAACUGUACAGGAGCUAAAUCCUAGAUCACCACAGAGCCAGACUUCCUGCCAGGACUGCUAGAUCAUUGAUAUAGAGAACAAUGGAGGAAUCUUUAUGGAAGCUUAAUCUUAGAGUGCUAUAGAGCAAAGCUUCUGGCUGGAAAUGCAAGAUAAUUGUUCUAGAUGACAACUUGAUAGAGGAAUCUUUAUGAGGUGAACCAUACAGGAGCUAAAUCCUAGAGAGCAAGGCUUCUGGUCAGAAUUGCUGGAUCAUUGAUCUGGAGGACAAAAGAGGAACCUUUAUGGGGUGGACCUUGCAGGAACUGAAUCCUUAAGAACUAGGGAGCACAAAUUCUUCUUUACAUGGCAGAUUGAUCUAAAGAAUCCUUCUGAGAGGCGAACCUUUCGAUAGCUAAAUACUAGAGCACUAGGAGGUGUUAUUAUAGAGCAAUGCUUCUUGCUGGAAAUGCAGGAUCAAAGGACGAAGGAAUCUAUAUGAGUUGAAUCGUACAAAAGCUGAAUCCUAGAUCACUGGAGGGCAAGGAUUCUGGCCAGGACUUCUGAAUUAUUGAUCUAGAGGAUGAUGGUUGAAUCUUUAUUGAGGUCUUAAAGUCCAGCUAAAUCCUAGAGAACAAGAGAGCAAAAAUUCUUGAUAGCAUGGCAGGCCGGAUCAUUGAUCUACAAUACUUCUAGAACAUUCAGGAAAAUUCAGGAAUUAAUCAUCAUGGGGUCGUACCUCAAUAAACUGAAGAAUUCUUGAACAAUGGAAAACACUAAAGCUAAAAACUAUAUAUAGAACUUGAGAAUCAUUGAUCUAAUUGGUUUUUACCUGGAUCUUGGAUAUAAUGGUUACAGGCUAGAGGGUAAUUUUGUAAAUAUGUUUUUCUAAAAGCAUUAGCUAAAUUAUAUUCUGAUUGACGUUGUUGACAUAAUUUCCAUCUAUUAUCUCUGAAUAAUAACAAAUAUAGAUUAUUCAGGCAUUUAGAGCGCUUCGCGCCCAUCUUCUAUUUCAACUUUCAACUGUGGC